CUCGUGCAAUAAUCAUGUUUACUCUCACACGACGCCAAUACAACAGCCUACGGACAAAAUUAUAGCGGCAGUACGACAGUACAGUCAUGGCGGUGUUGUGGACUUGUCUUGCAGUGGUCGUGACUCUAACUUUGGUACCUAACGUGUUCGGUACUGAUAAUGCAGAACAGACGGAAAACAGGUUUCGGGACCCGACCAUGGUACAAGACAAAGGUCAUCUGAAGGAACACGUCCAGGAGCUAACCCAGGAGCAGAUCAACCAGAUGUCAGCUGAAGAGCUGGAGUUCCAUUUCUUCAAGUCUCACGACACGGAUAAGAACCUGAAGCUUGACGGGUUGGAGAUCAUGGCGGCUAUCGAGCACCAGCACUCCCACCGCCAGCCUGCCGCCGAGCCGCCGGUACCGGAACACGAGACGCCCGAGCAGACCCGCGCCAGGAAGUACCGGGAACACCAGGAGAGACUCAACUACUUCACAGGUAUAGUGGACAAGAUACUGGAGCAGGAUGACACUGACAACGACGGUAUGAUGAGCUACAUCGAGUUCGCCUUGUCACGACGCAGGCAUGAAAAAGGCGUACAACAGGCCUGACAACAGCAGUGACAAAGGGAACUGAACGACAACAUCAGAGACCGAAAGAAACAGAUUAUUUCAGACAGUUACGACAAUUUCUCCAUCCUUUCGUCAUUUAGAA